UAAUCGAUGUUAAUAUUUAUUAAAUCUAAUGUGGAAUCAAUAAUUCCAGCCAGCUUAUAAUCUUUAUGCAUAACCUUAAUAACCUUUCUUUUAUCCUAUCUACAUUGUACCUGUAAUCAAUACUAAUUAUGGAUAUAUGGAUGGAAAUUUAAACAAUUCUUUAUCAACCUAACUAACCUAAUAAACUCCUUCAAUUGCACCAUAAGAAUCACCUUUUUAACCUUCUAGUUCUUCUUUUUAUGAAAAAUAAGUUUAAGAAUCUAUAGAAAACCUUGAAUCGGUGGUUUUGAAUAAUAAAAAUAAAAAUUAUUCACAAGCCACAAGCCUCUCAUAAAAAUCAACAAAUAUAUAAAAAAAUUACGCCAAAGCUAUUGUACAAUAUAUCUUGAGAUAAAGAAUAGAAAUAUUAAAUUACUUGGGGGAAAAACAAGGCAUAGAAUUUUUAAAAUUACUUAGUUAACUUAAAAAUAACAUUAAAAAUGUUAAACAUUUAAUUAGGUAUACUAAUGAUGAAAAGCAAUAAAAAUUAUUCAGAAUCCUAUCAAACAGGUUUCUAAAGAAAGAAGCCAUAGGAUAUGUCUAUAAUUCGAAUAUUAAAUCAACAAGUUAACAUAUUUAAUAUCGACAUCUAAUUUAACUUAAUUUAUAAAAAUAUUGAGUUAAUUAUUAGAUACAAC